GACAGAAGAGCUGGAAUCCGCUUUGUACACAACCUAGGGAUAUUUCAGCCAACCUGCUAAUUCUAUUUAAUUGUACUUCUGGUCUGUGACACGCGCACGGCCAGAAAGAAAAUCAGUCACAGUGACUAACAAUCUGUGGAAUAAAGGCUAAAAAGGAAAAAGCCGGUGAUGUGAAAUAACGGAAUACCGCGCGGGACCAGCAAUGGAGUUACUAGGAAUCUUGAUCAUUCAUAUUACCUUUUUGUUAAAUUCAGAUUUAGUCGAGGCAUUGCUAGACUUGACAUUAAUAAACUCCAGCCCUCUAAUCUCAACAUCGGAAACCUCGUUAAUGUGUGUUCUUCGUGGCUCACCUAUGCCUGACCAGAUAUCAAUAGCACGGGAUAUUGAUUCCUACUCCAGUCAGCAACAGAGCCCUCUGGAACAGAGCAAGACUGAAAACUACUCGUCAAGUGUUUUGUGGAGUACAGACAAGAAACAUGAAGGCAUUGGAGUAUUCUUUUGUGAGGGUAGAGUAAAAGAUGAAGUCACCAGAAUUACUGCAAUUAAGAUGUCACAAGAAGCUCAUUUCUUGCCAAAGAUAUUAACUAUUACUGUGAGCAUUGGUGAAAACACCACCAUUCAGUUCCAGCGACAGCACCAGACCGAAGCUGAUUUAAUGAUCUUUAAAAAUGAUAUAUUUAUCUCAUCUGUGCCUCAAAAUGACGUCUCUAAUACUUUUAAGCAUGAGAUCCGGUCAGUCAGCUUGGAAAAUGCAGGUGUCUACGCCGCAUUUCUGAUUGGACAGGAGAUUUCAACUACAGCCUUUACCCGGCUUAUAGUCAGAAAGUGUGAAACUGGGAAGUGGGGAGCUGACUGCACAAAGCACUGUCCAUUGUGUUUGAAUGGAGGAGUUUGCCACGAUGAGAUGGGGCAUUGCAUCUGCCCGCCGGGUUUCAUGGGCAAACAAUGUGAAACAGCAUGUGGGGGGAAUACAUAUGGCCAGAACUGCACAGGAGCAUGUAAAGGAGGAAACUGCAGAUUCUCCAUGUUCUGCCUGCCAGAUCCAUAUGGCUGCUCCUGUGCAACUGGAUGGAAAGGACUUCAAUGUGAUAAAGCUUGUGACACUGGGUAUUAUGGGGCCAACUGUCAGCUAAAGUGUGACUGCAUCAUUGGACAAGUGUGUGAUCCUUUCCGCGGGUGCCUGUGUCUGCACUGUGAGAAUGAAGGCUUUGGCAUUGUGCCUCCUCAGUUGGUGAAUUCCAGUGCUAACAUUGAGGUUAACACAGGAGUGACUAUGCAGAUAAAUUGUACUGCAACCGGACAUCCACUACCAGUGCAUGGGAACAUACAGCUUAUUACACCCCAUGGAAGAGAAGUUAAUCUGACAUCCACAAGGACUGUAAAGCACCCAAUCAAUCACACCGUAAGCACAUUCAAAGUGGCAGAAAUGUCCCCAUCAGAUUCAGGAGAAUGGAUCUGUCGUGUUAAAACUCCUGCUGGCAUUGCUGUGAGGUCAUUCAAUGUCUCUGUGAAAGUUCCACCUUCACCGCAGACUCCUCCAACCAAAGCCAAGAGUGGCACACGAUAUAUUAUUGUUAAUGCUAAUGUUAAGCCGCACAUUGGAGAUGGACCAAUCAUCCAGACCAAGCUCUUGUAUAAACCUACUGGAGCACUACAAUCAUGGUCAACAGUUGAAGUAACAGAUGCAUCAGAUGUGGUGAAACUGGAUAAUUUGCAACCAAUGUGCCAGUAUAAUGUAUGCGUACAAUUGAGCCGACCAGGAGACAGAGGAGAGGGACACCCUGGCCCGGUGGCAAGUUUCUGGACUGAUUGCCCAAAUCUUCCUGCCCCAAUGGGCUUCAAAAUUUUGCCCAAAAGUCAAACCUCUCUCAGGUUGACAUGGCAGCCGAUCUCCACAGUUCUGGAGGAAAGCAUCUAUCACAUCGAGUGCCACAGUACCAAUAACAGCCAGGGUCCGCCCACUAUCCUGGAGGUCCCCGGCAACCUCUCCAGCCUUGAUAUUGAAGGUCUACAGCCCAAGCAACAGUACCAGUGUCGUGUAUGGGCACAAAGCAAGUUAUUCGGGGAAUGGUGUAACAUGGUGACCUCAUGGACAUACAGCAAUAAACGGCCUCCUGCUCCCACCAACAUCAAGAUUUUUAACAUCUCCGACUCCUCAGCUUUCAUAUCCUGGGCAAUUGAAGAUGGCAAUUCAAUAUCUUCUGUCAUCAUACGUUACAAAAUCUAUGGGGCAGAUGAUUACACUCAGGAGACAGAAAUCAAAAUGAAAGAUAACAUCAUUUCACGGUUUCAACUGCGGGGCCUGGAGCCAAAUUCACCUUACCUGGUGGAACUCUGUGCGAAGAACAACAUUGGGGAGAGUGAACCCAACCCAACAAUGGAACUGCACACGCUGCAGGAGUCUACAGUUCACAUUGCGCAGCACAGUGGGCACCUGCUGCUCUAUGCUAUCCUGGGAUCAGCGGGAAUGACCUGCCUGACCAUUCUACUGGCCUUUUGCAUUGUGCUUCACUUCAAGCGGAGCAACUUCCAACGGAGAAUGGUUCAGGCUUUUCAAAACAGCACGCGAGAAGAGCCGAUUAUUCAGUUUAAUUCAGGGACCCUCACACUCUCCAGGAAAACGAAACCUCAGCUGAGAAUGCCAAUCGUCUAUCCUGUCCUUCAGUGGGAUGACAUCAAAUUUGAAGACAUUAUUGGCGAAGGGAAUUUUGGACAGGUCUUGAAGGCUCGAAUUAAAAAAAAUGGGCACAAGAUGAAUGCUGCCAUUAAACGAAUGAAAGAAUAUGCCUCCAAAGAUGAUCAUCGGGAUUUUGCUGGUGAAUUGGAAGUUCUCUGCAGACUUGGACAUCAUCCAAAUAUCAUCAACUUGCUUGGAGCCUGUGAACACCGGGGAUACCUAUACGUUGCCAUUGAAUUUGCACCACAUGGAAACUUGUUGGAUUUUCUGAGAAACAGCAGAGUGCUGGAGACAGACCCGGCCUAUGCCAUUGCACACAGCACUGCCUCCACCCUCUCCUCCCAGCAGCUGCUGCAAUUUGCUGCCGAUGUCAGCAAAGGCAUGGAUUACCUCAGCCAGAAGCAGUUUAUUCACAGGGAUCUAGCAGCGAGAAAUGUUCUUGUAGGAGAUGGCUAUGUCGCAAAGAUUGCUGACUUUGGAUUGUCCAGAGGGAAGGAAGUUUAUGUAAAAAAAACAAUGGGAAGACUACCAGUCCGAUGGAUGGCCAUUGAAUCUUUAAAUUACAGCGUUUACACGACCAACAGUGAUGUAUGGUCAUAUGGAGUUCUUUUAUGGGAGAUUGUUAGUCUGGGUGGCACUCCCUACUGUGGAAUGACCUGUGCUGAACUCUACGAGAAAUUGCCCCUUGGAUAUCGGAUGGAGAAACCACCCAACUGUGUUGAUGAAGUGUAUGAAUUGAUGAGACAGUGUUGGCGGGAAAAGCCUUAUGAGAGGCCGACAUUUGCUCAGAUUCUGGUAUCACUGAACAGAAUGCUUGAGGAGAGGAAGACCUACGUGAACACAACACUCUUUGAGAAAUUCACCUAUGCAGGUAUCGACUGCUCCGCUGAAGAAGCUGGAUAAACAGCUUGUGAGGAAAAGUAUCGUUAAGCCAAAUUGCAUUUAAUAAACUAUUGUAAAAUACAGAUCGCCAUUACAUAUAGUACACUAUAGUAUAUUUCUGACGUGGAAGGAAUUGAAAACAAAUGCUUGGUUUGGGUUUAACCAAUAAUUGUAAGUUCAUAAAUCAUGUUACCAACAGACUAGUUUUGAAAAUUCGUUUAAAGCCGUAAUCAAAAGCCAUAAUGCUUCUGGAACUUCCACUGAAAUUUCUGGGGAUGUUCAGAGCAGGUGACUUGGCCAAGCACUAUUUUGGGAGGAAUUGGUGAGCUUGACUUUUUGAAAGCAAUGUUAAUAGGUUGACAUCAAUAAUCAAGAGUGCUUCAACUUUCAUGCUAGUGAAGAUAGUGAUAGUUUCCACCUAAACAGAAAUAUGCCACUCAUAAUUCCACACACUCACCAUGAAUUGAAAAAGCUCUCAUCUGAAAUUCACGCUUUAGCUGAGAUGUUAGUUUUAUUUUAAGCCAUGAGUGAGGGGAACUUAAAUGACCCUGCUAAAUGUGUGAAAUGUCCCACAUCAUAACUUUAAGGCCUAAGCAAAAAAAACAGGAAAACAGAAAUUGGAGAUUAAAGUUGAUAGUAAAUGCUUUCAUGGCCUCAGAACAUUCCAAAUGCUUAAUAGCUGAUGUAUUAACUUUCUGAAGUGAAAUCAGUGUUGUAACAGCAGUGUGAUAACAAACAGACAAUCUAUCUUCCAUUAUGUUGGGAGUGAUAAGUUAGCCAAGCAUUGGAGAGAAUUCUUCUACCUUCAUGAAAAAUUGUAAAGGGAUUUUUUAUAUCCACUUGAGAGUCUUAUUUAAUGUUUCAUUCGAAGCACAAUGCAACGCAAUUGUUCGUUUUCAACAGAAGAGACCAAAUGGAAUCAUUUUUGUCAUUAAAUUUAAGCUUUCUCUUUAUGACCAAGAUGGCAGGUAGGUAGCAGAUAGAUUCAAACCUGACAGCUGGAGCUGUAUAGUAUUUAAACAUUGCAUCAUUUUGAGAAAUGUCACUGUGGUUGGCAAUUAGCUCUUAGGCUUCUUCAUUAUUGGAAAGCAGAACAGCUUGCAGUUGGACAUGCUACAGUAAUAAUUUUAAUUAUAAGGCAAAGCUUUGUUUCGGUAUACAUUCCAAAAUUAAAUUCUCAACUCUUCUUUACAGUUUUUAGGGAAUAUUGUUUCUAUUUAUUUACAUGGUGUCCAUGUACAAAGCCCAGACCUGACCUUUACACUAAAAUUGGGGAUGUGCGACAUAACAAACAUGGACAACAUCAAAAUAGGAACCAAAAGGUUAAUUUUUUUAUACCAUUUGAUAUUUUUUGUACUUCUGAAUUUGAACUCAAUUGUAUUUUUAAAUUGAUCAAAAACCACACCUUUUUGGAUUUCAAAGAACAUGCACAAAGCAGUCCCACUAUUUUUACACAUCUGGGUCAGGACAACAGGACCUAUUUGAUUGUUGUUACAGCAAGACAGCGCAGCAGUUGCAGCAUUUAGUGCUCCUGCCUCAUAACUCUACUGAUUCGGGUUCAACUCUGAUGCUGAGUUUAUGUAAUCAAGUGGGUUUCCCCUGGGUGCUCCAGUUUCCUCCCACAUGUCAAAGAUGUGCUGGUUGGCUGGGUAAGUGGGUGGAAGGAAAAUCAGGGGCAGUUGAUGUGAGAAGAGAAAAUGGGAGUAAUGUAGAUGGAUGCUUGAUGGUUGACACAGUAAGCUGUAAGGCCUGGUUCCAGGCUGUGUGACGCUAGGUUAUUAAUAAUAGCAUUGCCAUAUGUACUCAAAGGUAUUAUUUUUAAUCUGCUUUCUUGAUUAUUGCAUCAAUAUUUGUGUGUCUGAGUUCCUGCACAUAAGCAUCAUUUCCCACCAACCUGCAGCAUCCUAUAUAUCUAAACUGGCAUGCUAAUUUUGAAAGGAUGCAGUACCUUUGUGAAUCAGUUUGCGGUGAUCUCUUGCAUUGUUUGUUAAUCAUGGUACCAGCAUUCUUAAAACACUACAAUAUUUGAACAGUCUUUUCCAAGAACAACUAAUUUCUGAAUAAUCUUUUUGAACAGAAAAUAAAUUUUUCUCCAUGUCUACCAAAAUACUUAA